AUGGCUGGCACCGUCCCUCGGGCGAGUAAAGUCCUCAUUCCCAGGCCAGCGGCCAGCGCUGAUGUUCGGAAAACUGAACUCGCACGGGGAAGCCCGGCCGCUCACCAGUUCUCCGUCCCGCACAUAAAAGCCGCCAUGAAGGGAGCAGAGAUGGGGCCGAAUGGCGCGACCGCGGUGGCCGUGGGGCUGUGGUUCUUGGUGACAGUCAGCGUGGCGGCGGGCCCAGACGUGGCUGCACCCCGACGCUGCAUCCUCUCGCACUACCGUUCGCUGGACCCCAGGGCGCUGGCAGCGGUCAAGGCGCUGAGAGACCGCUACGAGGAAGAGACGCUGAGCUGGAGGCCGCGCAACUGCUCCUUCCGCCCAAGGAGGGAUCCCCCGCGGCCCUCGUCGUGCGCCCGGCUCCGCCUCGUGGCACGGGGCCUCGCGGACGCCCAGGCGGUGCUGAAGAGCCUGCAGAGCCCGGAGCUGUUCCCCGGCGUCCCCCCGACCCUGGAGCUGCUGGCGGCCGCCGGGCGGGACGUGGCGGCCUGCCUCCAGCUGGUGCGGCCAGGCUCCUGGAGGAAGUCCCUCCGGCCACCCAGAAGGCGACCCAAAACGCGGAGAGCUGACUCGCCUCGGUGCCACGAAGCCACCGUCAUCUUCAACCUCGUGCGUCUGCUCACGUGGGACCUGAGGCUGGUGGCGCACCCGGGACCUUGUCUCUGA